AGUUGUGUGUGAAUGACUCGUGCAUACAGGCCUCAUCUAUCUAAACAAAGUUUAAAAUAGCCUGAGAUAUGUUUGUUUUCAUUUAUUGCGUUCAUAAACGCUGCUGUUUAAAGAGUUUUGUUUUAUUUCGUGUCUGUAAAUGUCAAGUAGUGGGUUCAGAGAGUGACACGUAGGCGAAACGAGCCCAUUGACAUGAUAUCCACUGAGUAUAACACGUUUCAGUCUUUCUAUGGAAGAUUUGGGCUGUUUCAAAACCUAGUGUGCUGUCAACCUACACACAAGCCAUAAAAUGCUGUCUAGGUGGGGAACAACACAACUUGGACCCCCGUCAGACACUGUGAAGCCACGGGCUGUCGUGAUGUCGGAGCCCAAAGCGCCCACCCCGGCCCCUGGGGACACCUAUAAAGGCUGGCUCUUCAAAUGGACUAAUUACAUCAAGGGAUACCAAAGGCGAUGGUUCGUCCUGAGCAAUGGCUUGCUGUCUUACUACAGGACCCAGGCGGAGAUGGGUCACACAUGUCGGGGUACUAUAAACCUGGCCACAGCCAAUAUCGCGGUGGAGGACUCAUGCAAUUUUGUCAUCUCUAAUGGUGGCACGCAGACGUAUCACUUGAAGGCCAGCUCAGAGGUGGAGCGGCAGCGGUGGAUCACAGCACUGGAGCUGGCCAAAGCCAAAGCUUUCCGCAUGCAGGCUGAGUCAGGUCAGUUGGAAAGGAAACCACAUUUGAGAAUAGCACAAAAAUGCACACUUUGGGGUUUCUGUCUCACAGUUUUUGGUCCUCUUUUUUUUUUUUCUGCAGAUGACUCCGGGGACGACUCCUCUCCUCCUGCGGCAGGUCAGGGUGCAGGCUCACGCAACUCAGAGGUGCAGUCCACCCUCCGGACGCUGGGCAGCAAGGUGGAGGAUCUGAGCACCUGCAACGAUCUCAUCGCCAAACACGGCUCUGCACUUCAGCGGUCCUUGUCUGAGCUGGAGGGAGUUCGGCUGGGAGGAGAGACGAGUGAAAAGAUUCGGCAGGUGACGGAGCGAGCCACUCUCUUCCGCAUCACCUCCAAUGCCAUGAUCAAUGCCUGCCGGGACUUCCUGUCGUUGGCUCAGGCUCACAGUAAGCGCUGGCAGAAAGCCCUGCAGGCCGAGAGAGAGCAGAGAGUGCGACUGGAGGAGACACUGGAGCAGCUCGCCAAACAACACAACCAUCUGGAGAGAGCCUUCAGAGGAGCGACCGUACUGCCUGCAUCUCAGAGCAACCCUGCCAUAGACAGCAAAGGCCCAGUUCCAGGAAAGGGCGACGUCAGUGACGAGGAUGAGGAGAAUGAAUUCUUUGACGCAUGCGAGGACGUUCAAGAGUUUAUCACUGUACCAGCAGACCCCAAAUAUCACAGGAGAUCCGGCAGCAAUGUCAGCGGAAUCAGUAGCGAGCUUGGAAUGGACGACGGGACGACGUCGCUAGAUGAGCAGUCUCUGGCAUCCAAUCCCGAAUCUCCGCAGUCCCAGGAAGUAGUGCCUGUGAGAAAGAGGCGGACCCGAAUCCCAGAUAAACCAAAUUACUCUCUCAAUCUAUGGAGCAUCAUGAAGAAUUGUAUCGGAAAAGAGCUCUCCAAAAUCCCUAUGCCUGUGAACUUCAACGAGCCCCUAUCUAUGCUGCAGCGUCUCUCCGAGGACCUCGAGUACUACGAGCUGCUGGACCGGGGCGCUAAGUGCCAGAGCUCUCUGGAGCAGAUGUGCUACGUGGCAGCUUUCACCGUUUCCUCUUACUCCACUACAGUUCACCGCACGGGCAAACCCUUCAACCCUCUGCUGGGAGAGACAUUUGAGCUGGACCGCGUGCAGGAGAGCGGCUACAGGUCCAUCUGUGAGCAGGUAAGCCAUCACCCUCCGGCUGCGGCCCAUCACGCGAUCUCCGAGCGAGGCUGGACCCUGAGACAGGAGAUCGCCCUGGCCAGCAAGUUCAGGGGAAAAUAUCUUUCCAUCAUGCCCCUUGGUUCUAUUCAUUGUAUCUUUGAGAAGAGUAACAAUCACUACACCUGGAAGAAAGUCACAACCACAGUGCACAAUAUCAUUGUCGGGAAGCUCUGGAUAGAUCAGUCAGGAGAAAUCGACGUUGUGAACCACAGAACAGGCGACCGCUGUCAUCUCAAAUUUGCCCCGUACAGCUACUUCUCCCGAGAUGUGGCCAGAAAGGUCACGGGGGUUGUGACUGAUAAAGACGGGAAAGCGCACUAUGUUCUGUCUGGGACGUGGGACGAGAAGAUGGAAUGCUCUCGUGUGAUGCAGAGCACCAGAGGGGGAGAGAACGGCGCCGAUGGGCGACAGAAAACCGUCUAUCAGACGCUCAAAGCCAAAGAGCUGUGGAAGAAGACUCCGCUGCCGGAAGGCGCUGAAAACAUGUACUACUUCUCGACCCUGGCGUUGACAUUGAACGAGACGGAGGAGGGCAUUGCUCCCACGGAUAGCAGGAGGCGGCCGGAUCAGCGUCUGAUGGAGCAGGGCCGCUGGGAGGAGGCCAACGCUGAGAAACAAAGACUGGAGGAGAAGCAGCGCACCGCCCGCCGAGAGAGGGAGCGAGAGGCCAACCGCUCCGCCAACCCUGCAGAAGAGGGUAAGGAGCCAGCGGACGGGGCUCUCAUUGAGGACUCCAUAUCUGACUCGCCUCUAAAAACUGAAGAAGUCGAGAUUGCCAGUGAGCCCUCUGAGACCACUUACAAAACUGAAACACUGCAUGGCUCACACCCACCGGCAUACUCAAUGGAGGGUCCGUAUGGAGCUCCAGUCAAAAGUGGUCACCAGGACAACUACAAGCCCAUGUGGUUCGAGCGGCAGGUCGACCCAAUGACAGGAGAGCCCACGCACAUCUACAGUGGAGGAUACUGGGAAGCCAAGGAGCAGGGCAGCUGGGACUCCUGCCCGGAUAUCUUCUGAUCCCAAUCACGCACAUACCCCACGAUGCCCUCACUGUCCCGUUUCCCGGAAGAUAACAAACAAACGAAAGCUCAGUCAGCUGCCCCUUCUCUUUUCCCGUAUCGUAGUAUAUCGAGAUGCGCGUUCUCUCUUUCGCCAGCCGUGCUCUACUCAGUGGACAGUAAGGGACACCGAAAUGGUCCGGGAACACUCUCCCACCACCAUCCACUGUGUCUCUCUCUGUUCUCCUCGUGUUCACGGGAUUAUUAAAGUAUAGGGUUCACGAUUCAGUAAACGCUAGCGUUAGGAAAACAUAUCCUUUCCCGCUCCACACGUCUUCCUCAAGCUGUGGACGUCACAUCCUUAAACAUCCGGGGGAUAUGAAGGCCUGUUUGCUCAUGUGUGUAUAUGUGUGCGUGUGUGAGAAUUAGUGCAGGUGUGAAUGAGUUUAGAGAAGCGCUGUAGUGCUCUUUCUUUUCAUUGAGCAUGUUUGUGUGAGAGAUGAAGUUUAAGAGCUCGCCUUGGUUUGUGGAUUUUAAAGGAAUGGUUUGCACAAAUAUGAAAGAUCUGUCAUUGCUUACUCGCCACCUUAUUUCUUUUGCAAAACAAGCUUUUUUCCAUUAAGGUUAGUGCACAACAUGUCAAGUGCUAAAAAAACACAAUAAAAGUAUUAUUACUCUAUGCGAUUUGAGGCGCUACGUUCCUUCUGAAUUUAUACAGUAGUUUUCUGUGAGGAGUUCUCCAAUUGUUUGAACGCCAAUUACGACAUGACAUGCACUAUUUUUUUAAACUCUAAUCAAAUCAAAUGUCAGAGCUUUGGCAGAUUGGAAGAUUAUCAGUCAAUUUCAAUCUUUUCAUUCACACUAAGCCAAUGUUGAACUUGAGAUGUAACAAACAAAUUAUAUGCAUCACUUUUAUGGUGAUAUUAAGUCAUUAUUUUGGUCCUUUUUGGAGCUUGACAGCCUAUAAACUGUUGUACAGAAUAAAAAACACCAUAAUGAAAGUGGUCAAUGUUAUAUUUCUGAAUCUAUACAGUAGUUUGUGCAUAAAAUUCUCACUUGUUCGAACUGGUAGAGCAAUUACGACAAUUUUUGAGUCGAUGAUUAGCAAACAGCAUAUGUUUUUGAAACUGUUCACAAAUAAGAUUUCAGAGCUUUGGCAGAUUUGGAAGAUUGUCAGUGAAUAAUGUAAAAUUCAGUCUUUUCCGUCACAAUAAGCAGUCAUAUUACUUGAAAUGUAACUCACAAGUCACAUGCAUCACUUUCAUUGUGCUUUUCAGUCAUUAUUUUGCUCCUUUUUGGACCUGGACAGCCUGUAACCUGUUCUACAGGAAAAAACAUUAAAGUAUCAUGAAAGUAGUCUGUGCGAUUUGUGAUGCUAUAUUGCAAGUCUCCUAGUUUUAUGCAAGCUUUUCUUUAUUUGUUCAAACUGGCAUGACAAUUAUAAAAUGCAAGAAUCAAUAGCAUUUUGGAGUCAGUGAACAUUGAACCGCACAAUUUCUUCCCAAAUGAAUGUCAGAGCUUUAACAGAAGAAAAGAUUUUCAGUGAAUAACAAUGUAAAUUUCUGUCUUUUCAUAUUACUUGAAAUACAACACAAUUUGUGUGCAUUACUUUUAUGGUGCCUUUUAAGUCAUUGUUUUUUUCAGCCGAUGUUUUUUUUUUAAAUCAACAACAUGCGGGUUUGAAUGACCCGAGGGCGGGUAAACAAUGCCAUCAUUUUCAUUUUUGCAUGAACCGUUCCUUUAAAUCCCAUCACAACUGUACGGUCCUCUCAAUCCAUUCUGCUUGGAAUGAGGAGGAUAUCAGCAUCAUUCUGAUCUUCUUACUAACACCCGCUAAAAUCACUUAAAAUGACUAACCAGUUGUCCAGAGCGUGUUUGUUUAUAACCUCCAGAACAGCAUAUCUGUCAUUGCUCCCAAGGGAUUGUGCUGGUCUAAGCAGGAGAGCCACGUAAAAGCAUCAAUGUAGCUGCACUGCUCGAGUUUAGCUUCAGCGUUUCAAACUGACAGGUCGCUGUGAUGUGACACCAAAGGAAAUACCUGUUUGCUGAGGUUUCCCCUUCAGCCUGGGCACAGAUGCAUUAUGGUCCACUCCUACUCGCGUGGAAAGCUGUGAAGAGACGGAUGGUGUCCACAAACUGAGGCGCUUGAGUGUAUGUGUAUGUGUGUGUGUGUUCAAAUGGGCACGUGAGGUCAAGGGAGUCUCAAACCAGUGUGUGUGUGUGUGUGUGUGUGUGUGUGUAUGUAUGUGUGUGAUCAUGAGUAACGUAUUUGGGGUUUGUUGUUGUUCCAGUGAAACAAAAAAGAAAAAUCGCAUUUUAUUUUCAAGUGUACUUAAACACAUGCGUGGGGGAGAAAAAAAACAAGAAUACAGCAGUGCAAAAACAUUGCGGAUAUUUGUGUAUAUAUAUAUCAAAUAAUGAAGUCAAAUAUUCAUACUAUUAAUACCAAUUCUUCUUACGCUGACACUGACAGCUAGAGUUAUAAUUAUGAUGGUAAUUUUGAUGUAGUUUGAGGGUUCAGCACAAUUAUUUUGAUUUUUAUCUUUUUUUUUUUUUUUUUUUGUCUGUUUGAUAUGGGAAGCGACGACGCAUUUGUGUUUUCUUCAUAUCAAAGACAAAACGUUUGCUCAUUGUCCUUGAAUGGAUUCAGACUAAUGAAAAUUUUAUACAUGUGUAUAUCUAUCCCGUCAUCCUCCUGUUCCGUUAAAACAGCCGUUUCAAUGUGAAUUCACAGUUUUACUGCUGUUUGUAAUAACUGCAGAUUCUAUUUUCUUUGUUUGCAGUCUUUGUACAACUGUAAAACUUUUUUUCUUCAUGGAUUUCUUUCCUUUGACUGUCUUUCCUCAAGUUUUCCUCACUACCGCUGGUUGUCAUUCUUCUUUUUGUUUGUCCUGUUGGUGUUGUCCCUCUCUUGGCCUCUGAUCAUUGUGUUACGGAAUUGCUCUUGACUCUCGUCAUGGUGCAGAUGAUGGUGUAAUAAAAGCUGGUUUGAAAAGGAAAUGAUCAAAC